UGAUCAGAUGGCACUAUGACAGACGGACAAGAAAAAUCAAAGUGAUCAGAAGUUUAGGUACAGCUUAGUCUGCUUAGUUUGGAAUUUGAAGUUUUAACGAGUGGAUAUAGGAGGAAUGGUUUGAAAUUUGAAAUUAAUGUGUGUUUUAUCUGUUGAUAUUGAAUACAAAUAAUUAUUUGUAGUCACAAGGAUUAAGUAGCAAUUUAUUUUAUUAAAAUGAGUGCUGUUGAAGAAACACAAUCCAAAGUAGCAACUGACAUACAAGAUAUUACCCCUCCCUGGGAUGUGCCUCUCAGUGCAAAGUACAUGAGGAGUUUUGCAUAUCCCACGAUCAAGGACAGACUUCCUGUUAUCUUAACCAAGGUCAUAGACGGUUUAUCAAGAGAUAAAGAGGCUAUCGCUGCUGAAUAUGGUGAGGAAGGCAGAGAGGAUGUCAAACGGGUUAUCAGCUGUUUAUCCCAACUGAAAAAUGAAAUGGUCACAGACAAAUAUUUCACCCAGUUGGUAUGCGGAGAUGAUGCAUCGAAGUGGAAUGUCUACUGGCGUAACAAGACGGAAAACGGGACAAUGGUGUCCUGGUACUCCACUGAGUGGUUGUAUGCAGAGACGUACUUCUACAGGAGGAUAAAAGAAGCUUUCCUGUUGAGUAAGAAAUUGGCGGACUAUGAUCCAUUCCACAAACAAAAGAGUGACUGCUUGGAAGAAGCUUUGAAAUCCAUGGAUAUGCUGGCAAAAUAUUUGCUGAAAGAAAUAGAAACUCACGACAUCAGAUGGGAUACCAUGAACAGUGCAUUUCAACGCAUGUUAAAGCAAUCACUGUGGGCGAACAAAGUUGAUCUGUCGCUGUCUGUUGGGAAUCAUAUUGACAUUGGAAGUGAUCCACUAAAAGUUGUGGAUGAUCUAGACGACUGUGUUCUCGUUGACCAAUCCAAGGAAGUCUGGGUCGAGAUAUCAAAAUCGUCUAUAGUUAAAGAUCUUAUCAUAGACAUUGUGCUGGACAAUGCAGGAUUGGAGGUGAUGGUGGACAUGUGUCUAGCCGACUAUCUGACAACCAUGUACAACGCUGCUCGUGUUCGUUUCCACUGCAAGGCCAUUCCUUGGUACGUGUCUGAUGUUAUGGAGAAGGACUUCCUACAAGCUAUAGAGAGACUCUCAAACCACACCUCAGCUUGCCAACAGCUGGCAGCCAAAUGGAAAGACUAUUUGGAACAAGGGAAGUGGACGUUACACAGUGAGCUGUAUUGGACUCUGCCGUUCAGCUACAGUGAUAUGAAGGAGCAGGAUCCUCAUCUCUAUAGCAUCCUAAGUGAAAGCAGCAUAAUCAUCUUCAAGGGGGAUCUCAACUACCGGAAGUUGCUUGGAGACAUAAACUGGAAGUAUGACACACCCUUCCACUCGAGUCUCAGAGGGUUCAAUCCUGCACCUAUCGUUGCCAUCCGCACUGCCAAGGCCGACCUAAUAUCUGGUCUGGACCUGUAUGUGGUGAAAGUGGCACAAGCCAAGAAGAAGGACUGGCUCCUCACGGGUGACUUUGGAGUGAUCCAAUUUGAUGGAACCAAUAGCAAAAAUAACCUCGAAAAUGAAGUGAGCAGCGAAAUAAAAAGGCUGAUAUCAUAAUUUUGCCCCGGUUUUUCAAUAGCUUUUACUCCUUCUUUGUAAUAUAUCUGUGAUUUUUAUUAUGAAUAAAAUUGAUUGUUAUUUA